GCAACACACCGGCGCCGCGGCCGUCGCCUCACACCAAGGAGUCUGUGGAGUCUCCUUGCUUCACACACACACACACUUAAACACCUCCACUUGCCUCUCACACGCACGCACUUUAACACCUCCACCUGUCCAAGGAAAGGCCUCUGCGGCUCACCAUCUCCAUAAUACAAGUCUGCCGGGGAUAGCCUGUAAAUACCUGUUUUUAGUAGUGCAUGGCAAUGGCAGGCCUCGGGGGUACUCUGAGACUCUCCUCUCGACUUUCACAACUCGCAGCCACAUCUAGAAUCCCAUUGUCAACUAAGAACACCUUCCCUACACAAUCCCCUGCCCUUCUUGGGAGACUAAGCUCCUCAGCACACCAGUCACAGCCUCUGGCAACGAAGAGCAGUGCCUCCCAAGACCUCCUCAUCAGCCCCUCGUGUGUGACCAGACUGAAGGAAAUAACCAAGGAUGAUGACAAAUCCUUCCUCAGGGUGAUUGUUGAAGGUGGAGGCUGCUCAGGGUUUCAGUAUAAGUUUGACCUUGAUACAACUCUACAAGAUGAUGACAGAGUCUUUGAACGAGAUGGAGUACAAGUGGUAAUAGAUGAAACGUCGCUUGACUUUGUACGAGGCUCCAUCAUAGACUAUCAUUCAGAGUUAAUAAGAGCAGCAUUCAGAGUUGUUGACAAUCCACAGGCUGAGGGAGGCUGCUCAUGUGGAGCAUCUUUUGCAAUAAAACUGUAGGUUUUAGGUACAUUUUUGUAUGCAUGAUAUAACUGCUGUACAGUAGGACUUAUGAUGCAAGGUUAAUAAAGAGGAGGUAAAUUUGUACAUAAGAUUAUUUUUGUAACAUAUUGGCAUAUAAAAUGUUUUAAUGCAAAAGUGCUUUGUUGUAAAGACAAUUUAGUAUAGCUUUUAAGUAAAGUAUAGUGGUGGCAGGAAGGCCUGAGGCUCAAAAAAUACUGAUUUUACAAUCUUGAGAUUAUAAAACCAUUAUCAAACAUGUGUUUGAACUAAUACCAGUAUAUUGUUACAUAUGAGUAAUAAAUAAGAACAUGGUUAUAUUCAUGGCAGUUCCUACACUAAAAAUAUAUAAAAUAAAAUA